GUACGCUAAUCACCGUCAAUUCAAAGCCUUCUGAAUGUCAUUACGCUGGUUUGUUCGUUAAAGAACAUUAUUCGCUCAGUGUGGGAGGAAGAAGGCUGUGUUGAAAUAUUCUGUAAAUGCAUGCAUCAUUAGCUGCUAUCGGCAGAGCGUGUACAGUUGAAGAAGAUGAAGAUCCACCAGCUACGCCAAUACAAACAUCAUUAGAUUCACAACAAGCUGAUUACAUUGAACAAAGUUUACGUUUGUGUACAUCUACGACUGAUGAAUUGAUCACCUUCACUUUAUCAUUAUGUCAGUCAAUAAAAAUAUUAACAAACUUUAAUAAAGCAGUUGUAUUGGAUGAUUUUAAUGAAAGUGAAAAGAUAAAAUUGAUAUUUAAAACAGAUGAAGUUACCGAUAGUGAAAAUCAACAAUUGUCGACAUCUGUGGAAAGCAUUACUACACCAGUAUCAACAGUGAAAGAUAUUAAUGAAUUAUCCUCAAUAAAAACUUUUAAUUCAACACACAAUGUAGAUAAUUUAAACAAUUUAUCAAUUUUACAUCGUUUUUGUUUAACUAUUUAUAAAAUUGUACAUUUAGAUACAUUGAACACAACACUUAAAGAAUUAAGUUUAGGCUUAAUUGCAUUAUUAGCUCAUUCAGAGAAUAUAAUUAUUAAAGAAUUGAAUUUAUUAGAUUGUAUUCUCACAAAAUUUUCUAUAUCAACAAAUAAUAUUUAUUCAUUUCAAGCAUUGUAUGAAAAGAACUCUACUCGAUUAUUGAACGAUUACAAUGAAUUUCUAUUAACAACAUUGUUACAUUUUGAUGAGAAUAAUGAAGAAGAAGAUGAUAAUGAUAAUGAAAAUGAUGAUGAUUAUAUGAUGUCGAGGACAUCAGCAAGCACAAGACACUAUGAUCAUUCAUCUCAGUUAAGUGAGCUUAGAAUUCUUUGUGAAAGUUUACGACAAUGUUGGACACAAAUGAAACGUUUAGCCAAUGAACAUCGAUAUAUGUGUUGUCGUUUAAAUCAACUAAACACCUCAAAUAAUUGUGAUGGAAUUUUUAAAAGAAUCUUUUUAGAUGCUUGUAAAAUUAAUUCAUUUCAUAGUAAAGUAUUAACAUUAGCUAUUAUAAAUUCUGCUCAACAUUUAAUUUAUUCUGGUGUAUCAUUAUUAGGUCAUAUCGAGUUGACACGUUUUACGCAUGAUGAUUUAUGGGAAAUGACACGUGGUAUUGAAGAGUUAAGCAUACUGCGUGGACACUUGCAUAAUACAUUUCAAUCAUAUCGUAAUACACGCUUACACAGACUGUUGUGUAAUUAUGAUAGUUUACAGAAUUCUCAUCAAGCUACACUAUGCAUGAAUGAUCAUUAUAUGAACAGUAGUAGAACACUAUUAUCCCAGAUUAUUUCCUAUGACUUAUUAACUGAUCCUGCAGAUGUUACAUUUUCAAUAUCUGUUGGUUGCUUAUUUUCAUUAUUCGCUAAACAGCGUUCCCUGCGUCUUGCUCAUUUGAUUUAUUUACAGUUGUAUAGAUUUUCAAAGUUAUUCCUUGAUCCCCCUGUCAAGGAUGACGUUAAUGUAAAUAAUAAUUCUUCAGAGACAAAUUUAAUUUCUCAAGAGUAUCAUAAAUACAUAAACGAUAAUCAUGGAUUAUUAGCCUCAGAUUAUCUACGAAAUGAAUAUGAAUUUAUAUCAAGUUUUUUAGAUAUUCUUUCUCAGUCAACUGAUUUAUUAUAUCAAGUACAGAAAUUACAGCAUGUAUGCACAUCAGCUGCUGCUACAGCUCAAGUAAGACAGGCUGAAGCUGAACAACGUUUGAAAACAGGUUAUGCAGAAAACAACUCGAAACAAAAUUCUAUGUCAUCUCAUGCACUAAGUGUUGAGGGAAAACACGGGGUCCUGGUCCGAAACUCAUCUAUGAGUCAUUCAAAUACUGCAGAAUCAAAAGAUGCUUAUUCAAAGGCAUUCCAGAAAACAGAUAUUCAUCGGAAAGGUGACUUAAUUACUGGUUAUCUUUCACGUUAUCAGGAUACAUUACAUCGCUCCAGCACACUGGAUAGAUAUGUAGCUACUGGAUCACCUGUUUCACCCUAUCCAUCAGUCAGUAGUCAAGCAUUUUACAAUGAGUAUAAUAAAGUAAAGCCAGAUAAUAACUCAGAUGUCGAUCAAGAGCAUCGGUUGCAUGAAAGUGACUAUCCCUGUGAUAUCACUGGGGAUUCAGACAUAAGUGAUAACAAACAAAAUGAAAUGACAAAGCCUAAAAUCACUUCUAAGAAAGUUGUCCAAUGGAGUGAUCACCGAGAGGUUAGCACACGACAUCAGAUAAUUGGCAGAUAUUUAGAAAUGACAUGGAAGCAAACAGAACAUACAUUAACAAGUUUAUUUUUGUCUACAUCAAGUACACUUUUAACUGAACCUAUUAACAGCAAAAUUGACAGCAGUAGUAAAAGCAUACACGAGAGGAUUUUAUGUAGGUCUGCUUUAAUAAUGUCAACAGAAGAACUUUUAAAACUGGGAAAUAAUAUUCGUCAGCUAACAGUAUCUGCUGAUUUUUUCCCAUCUGGUCUGCUGCCAGUAUUGCGAAAACAAGCAUUAAAAUGUGAAGAAUAUGCUGUUUGGAGAAAUUGGUAUGAAGAAUAUCAAAGAUGUGAAGAUUUAAAUCACAAACACAAAAUCAACAAAAGCGAUGACUUUCAAAACUCAACAAACCCACAUAAACUGGAGGAUGAAGAUUCACAAACCACAUGUAACCAUUUGAAUCAUACUUCUUUACUGUCAAUUUAUUCAAACUGUGAUAAACAGCUAACUUCAUGUAAUAUAAACGAUGUAUUCAAUAGAUGUUGUAAUCCUUUGAAUUUUCACAACAUGUGGAACUCAAAAUUCUUCCUACUAACAACUGAUGUAAAUUCCAUUGUUCAGUUAAUGAUACAUAUUACGAAGUUAUUUGUGAAUAAUGAAGAAUCAUGGUCUGAAAUGUUAACUACAAUACAAAAUGUGAUCCUGUCAUCAGGUAUAUCUUCAAUAGUGCACAGAUUCGACAUCUCUAUCCCAGAUUCGUAUUCUUCCCUUUUGCUCAAAAUAUACAAAGUAUAUGAAUUAAGUCGACGUUUAGACUUGACAUUUGUAAGAUUUCUUACUUUAUUAAGAAAUAUGAUUUUCAGUGAAUACACUAUGCAUCGAAGCAACUGGAGUUCGUCGCUGUCUUAUCGACAACAAAGUCAAGACUUUGCCGUAACAAGAGAGAAUAUCGAGCAACUAACCAAUCAGAUUUCAGCCUUUUACAAAGAAGCCACGCAUAUUGAAAUGUUUUUUAUUCAUAUUGAAAAUAUUAUAAAAUGUUUCAAAAAUCUUGUUGAGAUUGUAUUCAAUAAAAUAAUAAGCUGUAUUUUAUUCUGGUUUGGAUAUAUCGGUGAAAGUGUUAAUGAUGAAUUAAUGAGAGGAUUUAAAGAAUUAUUUAAUCCAGUCAAUUCAAGUUUUUUGUCAUCUCCACCAACAACUACUACGAAGUCAACAACUAAAGUCUCCAGUAAUAUUGAUAAUCUUGCUGAAAUUAAAAAUGGUCUACUGGAUGCUGACAGAAAUUUUCUUAUACGUUUGGGUCGUUUAAUAGGAUCGCUGAGUCAGAUGAACAGUUUACUAAUAGCUCUUGACCAAGAUAUAAAUAUCUGGAAAAAUGAUUUACGCGAAACAUUCUCACAAACAAUGGAUCAACUUCUUUAUGCAUAUACUACUAAACAUCAAAGUGAAAUCCUACUUUCUAUAGAAACUGAUACUGAUGAAGAGAAAAAUGAUUGUUUAAGUAGCCUUUUGGUUAUCUUUCUUGAUCCAAUCAGUAGAACACCAGAAAAUUGUCUCAGCUCGCUAACGAAAACAACCUUUUCAAUAGAUGAAAUGAAUUUGUUGUGUCAAUAUCACCUCUAUGUGUUUAACUAUAUAACUAAGCCAACAGUUGUAUCACUGUUCUCUUCCUUAUCAACACUGGGUCAAAAUGCAAUCAGCUGCGAUCUAUUUAUGCAAAAAUAUUUGAUCAAACAUUUUCAAAAUCGUGUGCCUUUCAACUUACUUUACGAAAUAUAUCAGUCGAUAAAAGAGCAUCACACAUACAAUAUUGAGUAUACAUCAACAGGAAGUUGUUCAACAUCUAUUCAAGUUAACGUUCAUGUAAAACAGGAUCCAACUCAACAAAAAGAAGAAACGCAAUCCUCUACUGAAAAAUCAACGUCUAUACCAUCACGACAAUUAGAUUUAAAACAAAUCAAAGAUAAAUUAAACUCUGGAUCUACAGGUGUUGAAAUUAUUCAGUCAACAUUUGUGCUUAUGUCAUCUGCAAUGAAAAGCACUAUGCAUAAACAUCUGCCUAAAGAGCCAAAAGAAAGGAUAGCCUCAUUUGCAGCUGAUGUUUGUUCUAAUCUACGUUUACCGUUUCGUAAUCAAUCUGCAAAUAACAAUAAUAAUAAUAAUACUUCCAAUAGAAUGUCCAAUGAUAAAAAAGAAUCUUUCCUUACAGAUUCUAAAGAGAAGAAUGAUUUUUCAUAGUGUAUUCAUAUUUCGGUUUUUUUGGGAUAUUCAAUUUUCCAUCUUUACACUUUUGUAAUUAUUCUCUUCCAUAUUCUCAUUUCUACUUUGUCAUAUUCUUCUUUUUCUCUCUGGCUUUUGGCUUUUUUUAAUUUAAGUAGUACAGAUGAGUUUUAAAUGGUAUAAUUCACAAUUCUGUCGGGUUUUAACUCAUUGAAAUAUAUUCUCAAUUGCGGUGUAUGAUUUAAACUGCUACUUUACCAAUAACAGUAAUGAGAAUCAGAAAAGCAGAUCAACCUUUCUUGGUGAUGGUGGUGGGGGGCGGGAAAUAACUAUUUUUGUAUUCUUCAUUGCUUAUUUAAGAUUGUUAAACUGCACAAUAAAAUAUUCUUGCCUGCCUGGUUUCAUCACAUUCUCAUACAUGAAAAUGAACCCCAGAUACGAUUAUCACAUCUUAUUGUAUUUAAUGUAUUUAUAGUUAGCCUAGUAUAAUAUUUUCAUGUGUAUAGUACAUUUCAUGUGGCAAAAAACAAGUGAAAAUGUAAUACCAUAGACACUAUGCGAUAUUAAAUGAACAGAUAACAAUAACUAUGUAAAUGAUUAUAAAACUGUAAAACAUCUGUGAUGCAUUUAAAUACUUUUAUUUUCAUUAUUAAUUGUAUUAUCUUCAUUACAAGCUCAUAAUAAUGAUCUGAUAUAACACAGUGAAAGAAAUAAAAG